CUGGCGCGCUGGCGGUCGGCGUAAGCUCUAAAGUCCAGAUUUCAAUUGUGCCCGGUCCUGGAGCCGGAAGCUUUUCACGCGUCUUUCGAGGUAUAGUCGAUUGUGUUCCUGGCGAUCCUCGUCCCAUUCCCUUUCGAAGAACCUAAUUCGACAUCUUCCACGCCCUCCGCUGAUUCUGGUUCAGCUUCUAGUUGCGUGGCGUGAUGUGGCCGUCCGAGUCUCGCUAGUCAAGUGCGGGCCAGACGCGGCAAUCAUAGAUCCGGGCGUAUCGCGCCUUCGAAGUCCGAGCCAGGGUAUAAAAGGAAUGUGGAAGUCAACUAGUGCGACUCAGUCGUCUGUCGGACUCGUCUGGCACCACAUAACUGGUAUGUAUCAGCUGUCGUCUUCCCCCACCUGGGUGUGGAUUGCGGUGCUAUGUGCCCUGGUCCCUAUUCUUUCUCGCAGUGGGUGGCUGGGUCGUGGCGGCCUGCGCAGGCUACCUCGCGGACCAAAGCCUCUGCCUAUCAUAGGGAACGUCCACCAAGUCCCCGCGGAGUACCAAGAGCGAACGUUUGCACAGUGGGCAAAGCAACAUGGGGACCUCGUAUAUGCGAAGAUGUUCAGCAAACCGUUCUUGAUCAUCAAUUCGCAGAAGGUCGCAAGAGACCUGCUCGACAAGAGGGGAAACAAGUAUUCAAGCCGACCGCGGAUGGUUAUGCUGAGUGAACUGCUGGGUUGGGGCCCGACCGCAGUCGUUCUCCCGUAUGAUAGCGAGAACCGUCGCAAGCAGCGCAGAUGGAUCCAGAGCGCUUUCGGUGACAAGGCGGCGACCCGACGGUUCGAAGGUCUGCAACAGAGGGAAAUAUAUGUCCUUCUCUCGGGCCUAAUUCAAGAACCUCAUGGCUUCGCACAACAUAUCAAGCGGUGCAUAUCGGCUUUGAUUCUGGAAAGCGUGUACGGCCACAGAGUAACGUCUUCAGACGACGAGUAUGUGAAUCUCAUCGAUCACGCCAUGGAGUUGACGACUGUCUUAACGCCUUCGGGCGGUACUCUUGUGGACUUCUUUCCUCUGUUGAAACACAUCCCUGCGUGGCUGCCCGGUAUGGACUGGAAGCGCAAGGCACAGGCUGCCAAUGCCGUGGUGACGGCCGCUACACUCAAGCCAUAUCACAUGGUCCGAAAUGCUGUUACUGCGGGCUCCGCGACACCAUCACUCAUGACUACACUUGUCGAAGAAGCAAUGAAGCAAGGAAACCUCGCGGAAGAAGAAACUGACAUCGUCGGCGCUUGCAGCGCAUUAUAUGCGGCCGGAACCGAUACUGCUAAAACAGCCCUGCUUACUUUCUUCCUGACCAUGGUCCUUCAUCCCGAUGUCUAUCGCAAGGCCCAAGAGGAGGUUGACCGGGUCAUCGGGAAUGACCGACUUCCGACGCUAGCAGACAGGGAAGCAUUGCCAUACGUCGAGUGCGUGCUGAAGGAAGUGUAUCGCUGGAAUACCCCUGUUCCACUUGGAAUCCCGCAUUAUCUGACAGAAGAGGAUGACUACCAGGGAUUCGACUUGCCCGGUGACACAACUGUUAUUGCUAACCUGUGGGCCAUGUCGCAUAGCGAAGAGGUUUACGGUGAUCCAGCCGCCUUCCGCCCAGAGCGGUUCCUCGACUCCAAGCUCUCAGCCUCCGACAUAGCCGAUCCAGCCAACAUCAUUUUCGGACAUGGACGAAGGAUUUGUCCAGGUCGCCUGUUCGCAGAUACUGCCGUCUUUCUAGCCAUCUCCAACAUCAUAGCCACCCUGGACAUCAAGAAGGCUCGCGAUGGACACGGAAGAGAGAUCACGCCGGAGGUUAGCUUCUUCCCUGGGCUCGUGAGUCAUCCUCGAGAAUUUGCGUGUUCUAUAACCCCACGCUCUGCCAAAGUACCGAGCCUUGUCGCGGAAACUAUGGUUUCGGUUUCUUGAGGCAUACCGGUCUUUGCUGUGAGAAAUGACUGAAAGUCGUGCGUUCCAGUCAAGCUUCCGAUACAUUGCAUCAUACCUACGAUUGCUCACAAGUUAAUCUUCUGAUUCAUGAUACCAUUAUAACUUUGCAACAAUGUAUAUCAUAAUUACAAACAGGGACGAGCUACUUUCAAACAAA